GAUGGCUGAAAUGUCAGUUACAAGGAAGGGUUGUUUUAGGGGCGCAGAAGAUCGUUCAUUUCCUUUCGUAACUUUGUAGAAGAUUAUAACAAUUAAAAAUGUCAAAACCGGGUAUGAUAUCGCAGCUACUCAAAUCUGUAGCAGUGAACGCAAAACCUGCUGUUGGAAAAUUCCUGUGUUACGCAAAAGUAGAAUUGGUUCCACCAAAGAUCUCUGACAUUCCUGCUAUUCGAAAUGAUAUCAAAAAACUUAUAUCUGCUGGAAAGAAUAGACGAAUUCUUGAACUUUCAGUACGUGAAGCCUGGUUAAAUACUUUAGUUACAAUUGAAGUGUUGUGUUGGUUCUUUGUUGGAGAAUGUAUUGGCAAAUGCCAUCUCAUAGGUUAUAAAGUUUAAAAAUGCAUUAUUUAUAUAGACACUAUCUGUGUAUAAUUAAUAGUCAUUCUAAUAAAUAAAUACAUAUAUAUA